UAGACGAGGAAGCGCCGCAGAAGCCACGGCUUCGGAAUUGGACGACCACGAUUCGCUCAAUCGAGAAUUCUGACGGCCGAUCCGCCAGUUCGAGAAGCGUAUGUAUAUCUGGUUUCUUGCGAGAUCACUGUCGCUUUUGUUCCUCGACUCGACUUCCAAGUUCAAAGCUGCGACAGAGUCGUCGUCCUUCCUAUUUCGCUCUCUGCAGAGCGGCUUCAGUUAGGGUUUGUUGGGGGUUAUCCAGUCGGUGAUCAUGGAGAGCUUGAUCGGAUUGGUGAACAAGAUUCAAAGAGCGUGCACGUCGCUUGGCGACUUCGGCGAUGCCGAUGGGAAAGGCGUCGGAUUGCCCACUCUGUGGGAGUCGCUUCCCUCCGUGGCCGUCGUCGGAGGACAGAGCUCGGGGAAGUCCUCGGUGUUGGAGAGUUUUGUCGGUCGUGAUUUCCUUCCUCGUGGUUCUGGCAUCGUGACCAGAAGGCCUUUAGUGCUACAGCUGCACAAGAUGGAAGAAGGACAAGUGGAAUAUGCCGAAUUUCUUCACCUGCCAAAUAGGAGAUUCACGGACUUUUCUCUUGUGCGCAAGGAAAUUGAGGAUGAAACAGACAGGGUAACUGGAAAAACAAAGCAAAUAUCUCCGCAUCCAAUUCAUCUCAGCAUUUAUUCGCCAAGUGUUGUGAAUUUAACCUUGAUUGAUCUCCCUGGGCUUACAAAAGUUGCUGUUGAGGGUCAGCCAGAUAGUAUUGUUCAGGACAUCGAGAAUAUGGUUCAUUCAUACGUUGCCAAGCCCAACUGUAUUAUACUGGCUAUAUCCCCUGCCAAUCAAGAUAUUGCAACUUCUGAUGCGAUGAAGCUUGCUAGGGAAGUCGAUCCAACAGGGGAAAGGACAUUUGGAGUUUUAACAAAGCUAGAUCUGAUGGACAAAGGGACAAAUGCUCUAGAUGUUCUUGAAGGAAGGUCAUUUCGGCUACAACGCCCAUGGGUCGGGGUAGUUAAUCGUUCACAGGCUGAUAUUAACAGGAAUGUAGAUAUGAUUCUUUCUAGGAGAAAAGAACGUGAAUAUUUUGCAACUAGCCCUGACUAUUCACAUUUAGCCAGUAGAAUGGGCUCUGAGUACCUUGCGGCACUCCUUUCAAAGCAUCUAGAAUCUGUAAUCAAAUCUCGUAUUCCAAGCAUCACAUCCUCAAUUAACCAGACCAUAGAUGAACUUGAGGCUGAGAUGAACCAUAUUGGUAGGCCUGUUGCUGUGGAUGCAGGGGCUCAGUUGUACACUAUACUGGAACUCUGCCGAGCUUUUGAUAAAGUAUUCAAAGAACAUUUGGAUGGAGGACGACCUGGAGGUGAUAGGAUUUAUGGUGUAUUUGACAAUCAACUCCCUGCUGCUUUGAAAAAGCUUCCUUUUGACCGCUACCUGUCUUUGCAAAAUGUCAAGAAAGUGGUCUCGGAAGCUGAUGGUUAUCAGCCACACUUAAUUGCUCCUGAGCAAGGUUAUCGGCGUCUAAUUGAAAGAGGACUUGCUUACUUUCGAGGCCCAGCUGAAGCCUCCGUUGAUGCUGUGCACUUUGUCUUAAAGGAGCUUGUAAGGCAAUCAAUAGGAGAGACUCAGGAGUUGAAAAGAUUCCCCACCUUGCAAUCAGAAUUGGCUGCAGCAUGCUAUGAAGCCUUGGAAAGAUUCCGUGAAGAUAGUCGAAAGACUUCAAUAAGGCUUGUUGACAUGGAAGCAUCAUACUUGACAGUUGAUUUCUUCCGCAAGCUCCCACUGGAGGUAGAAAGGGGUACUGGCCCUGCUGGUACUAAUCCUUCUACCAAUAAUCCUCCUGGUGUUACUCCUGCCAGCAAUAAGCAUCCUGGAGCUAAUUCUGCUGCUGCUACAAUUGAUCGUUAUGGUGAUGGGCAUUUCAGGAGGAUAGGAUCAAAUGUGUCAGCCUACAUUAGCAUGGUAUCAGAAACACUCCGAAACACUAUCCCGAAAGCUGCGGUUUACUGUCAAGUCCGAGAAGCAAAACGAUCCCUGCUCAAUCAUUUCUAUACAAAAGUGGGGAAAACAGAGGGAGACCACCUCGCAAAGCUUUUGGAUGAGGAUCCGGCUUUGAUGGAGCGCAGGCUGCAAUGCGCAAAGAGGCUUGAAUUGUACAAAUCUGCAAGGGAUGACAUUGAGUCCGUUUCCUGGAGCAGGUGAGAUCUUAUUAACUGUUGAAGGUUGAAUACUACUACAUCAGUGAAUGCUUCACUGUAUUUUAUCAGCUUAUUUUAUUUUAUCCUUUUCUCCUUCCAUUCGUAUCACAUUUGCACAUUAGUUGUAUUCUCAAAGUUUAGCUACUGUAUAUUAUAUACGAAUUCUGUAUUCUCCUGUUUUUUUAUGUAUAUUCCACCAUUCAUCAUA